CAGUACUUUGAAGCAGCCAUGGACACUGGAACUGCAAUUGUUAUAACUGGGAUUGCUGCAUUUAUUGCAGUUUUUUGUUUGUUGUUAGUUGGCCUGGUGUACUUUGAGUUGAGAAAUUCAGAUAUUCCUCUCAGAGUUGCUAAUCCUAGAAAGCUACAUUUGGUUCAUUGCGUGUAUGUGGGAAUAGCAGUUUUGGGCAGAAUUCUGGAACAACUGGGGCUUUGUCAUCAGCUGAAUUUUACACGAUGGUGCAGAGCUUGUAUAAUGGCCCACAAAAGGCCAGUGCCUCAUGGGCUCCGCAUUAAGGACAUGACGUUCAAUGAGGUUCCAGUGAGGGUGUAUGAACCUACAGCAGCCUCAGGAGAGAAAAGAAGAGGCCUAGUGUAUUUCCAUGGUGGAGGCUGGGUGUUUGGAAGUAUUGAUGAAGCUGAUGAGGUGUGUCGAUACAUUUCGAAGGAGAGUGACACCACAGUUGUGUCUGUCGGUUACCGACUGGCCCCCGAGCACAGGUACCCUGCCCACCUUGAUGACUGUGAGGUCGUGACUCGCCACUUCCUGUCAAUAGCGGCAACCGGUUUCAGAGUGGACCCAUGCAGGGUGGCAGUUGGUGGGGACAGCGCAGGGGCGAACUUGGCAGCCGCACUCUGCCAGAGGCUGGCGAAGACACAGGAUGGUCAUCUGCCAUCUCCCUGUGCUCAGGUCCUCAUCUACCCAGCCCUUCAGAUGGCAGAUUUCAACUUGCCCUCAUACCAGCAGAACCAUUCUGUGCCCAUAUUGUUCAGAGGCCGAGCUGUAUUCUUUUUCCUGCAGUACCUCAGCGGGGAUACGUCUGUGAGCCAGGAGCUUGUGGAAGGCAAGCAUGUUCCUGCCGAGCUAAAACUUCACUAUAAGAAAUGGCUGGAUCCAACUAAUCUUCCACCUCAAAUAAGGGAGAGGGCCAAAAGUCAGCAAGUUAUCUCAGGUCACAAUGCUGAGGUCUAUCACAUCAUCAAACAGGGUUUGGAUCCAGAGAUCUCCCCGUUACUAGCUGAGGAUGAUGUUCUUUGCAGUACACCACCCACCUUCGUGCUGACCUGUGAGUUUGAUGUUUUGAGGGAUGAUGGCAUUCUGUACCAGAAGCGACUGAAGGAUCUGGGAGUGGAUGUCACAUGGCAGCAUAUAUAUGAUGGCUUCCAUGGGAUUGUCAGCUUCUUCAACAAGGGCUGGCUGACAUUUCCAUCCUCUCAAAAGGUUUUGGACAGCAUUGUAAGCUAUGUAAAGACACUCUGACUGAGAAACCAUGAGAUUUGUCAGAAUGAUUCAUGAUAUUGUCUUGUAAGGAGUAGGUCACCCAAAAAUGAAAGUUCUGUCAUCAUUUACUCUCUCGCCUUGCAUUAUUCCAAACCUGUUUGCUGUUAUUUUUUCUGCGGAAGACAAAGGGGAGAUUUUUACAUACUGUAGCUCCUUUCCAUAAAAGUAAAGUUCAUAGUGACAACGGCUGUCAAGCUUCAAAAAGGGAAUGAUUGGCAUGUUCGAAAUACUGCUUCACGAAGCUUCAAAACCUUUACGAAUCUUUUACUUUGAAUUAGUGCUUCAAAGUACGUAUCAAACUGGCCAAGUCACGUUAUUUCAGCAAACAAGGCGAAUCAGUGUCUAAUGGAUGGCUGUAACUGAUCUCAAGUCAGUUUAGCAGUAACUUAGGUUGUCGAUCACUUUGAGUUAUGUUCCCACCGAAACAUGAAAUCAAAAUGUGUUUAUGAGAAAGAGACAAUUAAGAGAUUUUGUGAUAUUUAACACACAAAAAAAAUCUCCAGACAGUGAAUCUGGAAUUUGGAACAAACUAUCGUCAACGAGAACACCUGUGCAAUCUUAUUCUGUGAUAUAAACCUAAUUUCGCGCUAAUUUAAAAGCUGCAUUUCAUACUUGAGCUCGAGUCCCCUGCAAACUCAUCACCAUAGCUUUUUAUUUACAAAUGUUUGCACAAACUAAGCAAAAAUAAUAAUAAAAAAAAUUUAUAUAAAAACUAUUGUUGUACUAUGAAAACAAUUUAAAAAUCAAUUAAAAUCAUGAAUCCACAUGAAUGGCAGGACCCAGGGUUUCCCAGCAGAACAUUUCCCAGAGCAUCACACUCCCUCCACCAGUUUGUCGUCAUCCCACAGUGCAUCCUGGUGCCAUCAGUUCCCCAGGUAAACGGUGCACACGUACACUGUCCUCCAUGUGAUGUAAAAGAAAACGGGACUCAUCAGACCAAGCGACCCUUCUUCCACUGCUCCAAGGUCCAGUCUCGAUGCUCGCGUGCCCAUUGUAGGCGCUUUCGACAGUGGACAAGGGUCAUCAUGGGCACUCUGACUGGUCUGCGGCUACACAGGCCCAUAAGCAGCUGGGUGUGUUGCACUGUGUGUUGUGACACAUUCCUCCUGUAACCAUCAUUCAAAUUUUCUGUGACUUCAGUAGACCUUAUGUCGGUUCGGACCAGAAGGGAUAGCCUUCAUUGCCCUCGCGCAUUGAUGAGCCUUGGGCACCCAACACCAUGUCGCCGGUUUGUGGUUUAUCCCUUCUCGGAUCACUGUUGGUAGGUACUCACCACUGCUGACCGGGAGCACCCCACAAGCCUUGCUGUUUCAGAGAUGCUCUGACCAAGUUGUCUGGCCAGAACAAUUUGGCCCAUGUCAAAGUCGUUCAGAUCUUUACUGCAUGCAGCACGUUGACUAUGAGAACUGAUUGUUCGCUUCCAAUCUAAUCUACCCAGACCUUGACAUGUGGCCUUGUUAGGAGAUGAUCAGUGUUAUUUGCUUAAUGUUUUGGCUCAUAAAGUGUAUAUAUAAAGGUCUACAUGUUCUGCAAAGAUUCUGAUCUGUGUUUUCCAGGAUUUUGUAGACUACCAUGAAAAAUAAAUGGUAGAUACAUGAGAGUAAAUAAAUUCGAAAGCGUUGUGUCAUUGUAGCUGCUGUUCAUUUGAGUCUGCUUGAGUCUGCAUUUACACACCUGUGACCAGCAGAUGACCUCAGCGUUCUCUGUUAUUUGGACUUUGAAAUAGUGAAUCAUUUUGUAAAGCAAUUGGCCAAAAUGAUUCAAAGUUUGGAAUGCUUAAUUUCUCCCAACACUACUUAAAGGGAAAGUUCACCCAAAAAUUUAAAUUCU